ACACUUCCCCUCUCCCUAUCUGAUGCGCGCACACACAGACAAGCUUCUUUCUCUCACUUCACCGCUCACUCCCUUGCUCGCUCUCAGUCGUCAUUCUGUAAUCGCACGAACAAGCUCCACUUUGGUAAAGCUCCUGUGUGUUCUCAAGCUAUUCUGAAAGCGGUUGUCUAACUCGCGCAGAACAUACACUCGCAAGCGAAUCCGUUCUGUUCUGGCGUGGGCUCAAACUGUACACCGAGAGCGGGAUAAUGAAAGAAAGGCACCAAAGAGGAAAGCAGGGAGAGAGAGGGAAUUAAAAGAGGAGUAAAAGCAGCAAAGGAAAAGAGUCUGCUCUUGCGAAAACGUGGGAGGACAGUUCGAUUCAGUGAUCAUUUGGAAUAAACUGGAUCCGUCUCUGCUCUAAAGUGUCCCACUAAAAGGUGAUGAGACCAUAAAUCUCUGAGUGGCAUCCUGACAGAGCCAAGUAAACUGCUUUGUGGGCACCGGCAGGGCACCGGCAGAGCCCCUUCCCCCCCCCCCAUUCCCCAUAACCACCGUCACAAGUUGUUUCAACGUGGCUCAGCUCUCAGCACUGGACUUUAACUUGGGGACCUGAACCUCACAGAUCGCCAAUGCUAACAAGGAACUGCCUGCUGCUGUUCCUCUGGAUUCUUGUCAACGAAGGCUCAGUCUCUUGUUUACGUCCACCUACACCACCACUGGGACGGAGCAGGACGGGGAGGGAGCACGCCAGGAGCUUGGUGGGCCCGAUGAGGAAUGGGGCAGCUGGAUUUCAACGGGUCAAAAGGGGCUGGGUGUGGAACCAGUUCUUUGUACUGGAGGAGUACAUGGGGUCAGACCCGCAGUACGUGGGCAAGCUGCACACUGACCUCGAUAGGGGCGACAAUGCGGUGAAGUACACUCUCUCGGGAGACGGGGCUGGCUCCAUUUUCACAAUUGACCAAACAACGGGGGACAUCCAUGCCUUACGGAGUCUUGACAGGGAGGAGAAGCCUUACUACACCCUACGCGCCCAAGCGGUUGACAUGGACACCAAUAGGCCCCUGGAGCCUGAAUCAGAAUUUGUAAUCAAGGUUCAAGACAUCAACGACAAUGAGCCAAAAUUCCUGGAGGGACCAUAUACGGCCAGUGUUCCUGAGAUGUCACCAGUAGGGACAUAUGUGACGCAAGUGACUGCCACAGACGCAGAUGACCCUACCUAUGGAAACAGUGCUAGAGUGGUAUACAGCAUCCUACAUGGCCAGCCAUACUUCUCUGUUGACCCCAAAACAGGUGUUAUAAAGACAGCCUUGCCCAAUAUGGACCGAGAGGUGAAGGAACAGUACCAGGUACUAAUCCAGGCCAAGGACAUGGGGGGCCAGCUGGGGGGGCUGGCUGGGACCACCACCAUCAACAUCACUCUCAGCGAUGUCAACGAUAAUCCACCCAGGUUCUCUAAAAGUUUCUUUCAUCUACGAGUUCCUGAGUCCUCUGCAGUGGGGUCUGCUGUUGGAAGAAUCAAAGCCCAUGACUUGGACAUCGGGAGAAAUGCCGAAGUAGAGUACACCAUCGUGCCAGGUGAUGGAGGCGCCAUGUUUGACAUCACCACCAAUGAACACAACCAAGAGGGGAUGAUCAUUCUCAAAAGGCCCUUGGACUACGAAAGCAAGAAGACAUACACCUUUAAGGUAGAUGCCUCCAAUGCUCAUCUGGAUCCACGAUUUCAAAGCUUUGGGGCCUUCAAAGACACAGCAACAGUGAAGAUUAACGUUUUGGAUGUGGAUGAGCCCCCGGUGUUCAAUAAGCCCUCCUAUGUGAUGGAUGUGUAUGAGGACACCCCCGCGGGCACCAUCAUUGGAGCGGUGACGGCACAGGAUUUAGAUGCCAGCAGCAGUCCAGUCAGGUAUUCCAUUGACUGGAAGAGUGACUUGGACAGCUACUUUGACAUUGAUCCAGUGGAGGGAACCAUUUCCACAAACGAACUCCUUGACAGAGAGAACAUCGCCCAGCACAAUAUCUCCAUCGUGGCGACCAAACUUAAUAGUCCAGUUCUGAGCAGUCGGGUGGCCGUCACCGUCCAUGUGUUGGACAUCAACGAGUUCCCACCGGAACUCUCCAGUCCAUAUGAGACCUUUGUGUGCGAAAAUGCCAAAGUGGGACAGGUGAUUCAGACUUUCAGUGCAAAAGACCAGGAUCUACCGACAGCUGGACAACAGUUCUCCUUCAAAUCACCAAAAGAAGACAUAAAAAACAAGAAUUUCACCAUCCGGGACUUUGGAAACAACACUGCUGGAAUUGUGACAAAGCGAAGUGGCUUUAGACGGCGUUUGCAGGAGAUCUAUUUCCUUCCCGUGGUGAUCGACGAUAAUGGCUACCCUCCUAAGAGCAGCACCGGCACCCUGACCAUCCGCGUAUGUGGCUGCGAAGCAGACGGUUCUCUGCUAACUUGCAGCGCUGAGGCCAUCUUUCUCCCCGUGGGUCUCAGCACUGGAGCUCUGAUCGCCAUCCUUCUGUGUAUCAUCAUCCUGUUAGUAAUCGUGGUCCUCUAUGUGGGCUUGAGACGGCAAAAGAAAAAGGAAACACUCAUGUCAUCCAAAGAGGACAUCCGGGAUAAUGUGAUCCACUAUGACGACGAAGGAGGGGGAGAGGAGGACACGCACGCAUUUGACAUGGGGACACUUCGCAAUCCUAAGGUUGUCAAAGAGAACCUGUUCCGCAGGGACGUCAAACCUGAGAUGAAGAGAGGUCCCAGGCCGCCUGUCUCUCAGGACAGCGCCGACAUCCGAGAUUUCAUCAACCAGCGUCUGAAAGAGCACGACUUGGACAACUCGGCACCGCCCUAUGACUCCCUGGCCACGUACGCUUACGAGGGCGACGGCUCUGUGGCCGAGUCGCUAAGCUCCAUCGAGUCCCUCGCCAGAGACCUCGAGGAGGACUAUGAUUACCUCAAUGACUGGGGCCCCCGCUUUAAGACACUAGCAGGGAUAUUUGGGGAACAGUCAGAAACUCAUUCGGACUCAACCACCACGGAGAACACACAUUGAUGUUUUUCACAGACUCGAAAAGCAAAUAUGUAACAAUGUUCUUUUGGUUGGCGACACACACACACACACACACACACACACACACACACACACACACACACACACACACACACACACACACACACACACACACACACACACACACACACACACACGUUUUACCAUUGUUUUCCUCCCAUGUUAUCUGUUUUCAUCUUUUUUCCAGCUCACCGUUUUCUAUUUUAUGUGGUACUUUACCAUGCUCGGUCCCAAAAUUGUAAAAAAAAAAAGAAGAAAAUGAGGGAACAUAAGGAAACAUGAUUAGAUGAGCCAAGCAGCCAUUCAAUUACCUUUCAAUUGAAUGUUCUCGUCUUACGUUUUGUUUCCUCUUGGGGAAUACGCAUAUACACGGAAAUGUUGUCAUUUCCUAGAACAUCCUUAAAAGUGCCUCAAUAUAAUUGUUCUUUCCUUACUAUGUCAUGCCACAUAUCCAGUGUUGAUCCUUACAACCCCACAGGUUAAGCUUAUUCAGUCAGCAUCCUGUCCUCUGGCUGGCUGAGGCAUUUACCAAGACCAAUGUCAAGUCUGUGGGGACAGUGAAGUGGCCCGAGUUUGGCCAAAGAUGUUUUGAAUGUUAUUUAUUCUUCUAUUUAUUUAUUGGCUGAUUGAGUUUGAUUUGAUUAUUGUGUAUUUAUCUAUUUAUCUCUCAGUCAUCAAUCUGUAUUUUAGUUUAUUUUUGGAGACACACAAGGGAUUUUUGUAAUUAAAAGGCCCACAUGAAAAUGUAUGUUUCUGUUAAGUGGGUCCUGUGAAUAGACUUGUACUAGAGUUGUAAAAAAAAAAAAAAAGGAUUAGGGCUAAAUACUGCAGUUCAGUCAUGUAAGAAACACAUUUUUCUUAAAUAAAACACACAUGGAGAAGUUC